CCCUGGCCUGCGCAGCGUCCGCGCGGGUCAUGGCACCGGGGGACCCUGGUUGAAUCGUCCACAGCCAUCAUGAAUCAUGAAACCCAAUGUAUGGCGGUCUUGGAUGACUAUAGGAUAAACAUGGAUAAACACAUCAUAAUAUAGCACCACAGCUCCCAGGACUCUUGCACUUCUUUGAUCGUUCACUACCGGCUGCUGGCCUGGCCACCCCGCCGUGAACGCAUCGCGGCAGCCGAAGCCAACGUUUCAGGUCCGAAGCCAACGUGGCCAAGAUCAUUAUUUCUGAUCCAAAGGUGGGCACGAAAGCAUUCGGUCUGACGGCAGCAGGACGCAAAGGUGCUACCCGUGCCGGGCAGAUGUUCAAGAAAACCGCUGCAAAGCGUGUGGUGAUGGUGAGCAGUGACUUUUCACGGGCGAAGCAGACGGCGCAGCUCUUCGCCCAAGCGUUGCGCAAGGCCGGGCGAAUUUGCCCCUUACGGAUCGCCAAGGAGUUGCGAGAAAGGCGAUUUGGCAGCUUGGAGGCGGACUCGGACGCUCGCUAUCCGGAGGUUUGGGCCCAAGACCGGCACGACCCGGCGGCUCGACCCUUUGGAGUGGAAGCUGCUCAGGCCGUGCAACGACGCACCUCCAGGUUGGUGGCCAAGCUAGACCGGGAACUUCCUGAUGGCGCCGAUGUGGCUCAUGGUCUUAACUGGAGAUGUCAUGUCUUAGUCUCACACGGUGAUGCCCUGCAGAUCCUGCAGACCGCAUUCUUGAACUUGAACGCCUCGAAGCACCGCACCUUGCCUCACUUGGAUCGAGCAGAGCUGCGCGAACUGAAGAAGAGGUGAAGUUGAACGACAUCCAUUUUCCAGGCAG